GUGCUCGUAAUUUACAUUUCCCAAGUAUACAAAGUAGGUACCUUCGUUUUAUUUAUACGGCAUUCAACAAGGCAAAAGUACCAUCAGAUAUUUGGUUUUGUUCAAUCUUUUUGGUCAAACUUUACAUGAUAAUGGCGCGAACGUUUACGAUUGAACAUUAGUGGUGAUCAGAAAAAAAAAAGAAAAGAAAUUGAAGGAAUGGGCGGAGUUUGCGCCUCCUGGAAUACAAGGUAAAGGAAGUUGUUUUACGAAAGCUUCUAUCUCCGAUGUAACAAACAGUGUCUGGAAGGAUCAAUUUCGAGGUAGCUUUAUGCAAUUUGGAGAAAAUUCGAAGUUGACGGAUACAGGUUAAGGGAACGGGAUUAGGAAAAGCGGCGAAAUCGCAUCAUAAAUAAAGUGGAUGCGCACGCGGACAAUAACAUGGGAGUGCGAGCGAAUGAACCGCUUUAAACGAAGAAAGAAGGAAAUGAAUCAGCCAUUCUGAUUGGUCGAGGCGGCUAUUAUGGCCGCCGAUUGGCGCAUGCACGUACGCACACCAAGGCUCGAUGCACACACCAACACACGAACACGCGCGUGCUUCAGGAGCGUAGCAGUCGCUCGCGGCCGAGAAGAGUGAAAAGAGCGACAGAAACGGUCGGUCCGCGCGUUGCCUUGUAAGGCGGAGAGUUGGUGUGUGACGUCCGUGCGCGGAUGGCUCGAAGAACGCCGAUUUUCCUCAGCUUGUACGAGUAUCCUUACUGAGCAGAGGAAAGAACGAGUGAAAGGAGAGUGCGGACCGGGCGCGACGCCGACCGUCGACAUAACCGCGUAUACGUAAAAUCCGACAAUCCGUCAAGUUUAAAGCUGCCGAAGGCACCAUUUUCAUCAUCUCUGUAGUGUGUAUAGCAAACUAGAAACCGAUUACUAGACGCAACGUGAGUGUUCUUGAAUCAACAAGGAAAUAUAUAUUAGUGAGAAAAGAAACGAAGAGAGAGAGAGAGAGAGAGGGAGGGAGAGAGUGAGAAAAGGGGGGGAAUAGAAGUAAAAAGGAUACCGAAGGGCAUCGAAAGAGAAGGAUAGAUACAGCAAGAAAAGAGAGAAAAAAGAAAAGCGAAAGAGCGAGCAAGCGAACGAAUAACCAAGAGAGAAAAAGAGAAAGAGCAAGAGAGCGACCGGGAAAGAGGAGCAAGAACAAGUUAAAACGCCAAACGAUACGUAAGAGACAAAGGCCACGGCGGCAUAACCUCCAAGCCAACCGUACGGCGCAUUACGGGGAUCUCUCAUUCUCAUAGAUUUCUUCGUAUUCUCAAGAAAUUUGGUACAUUAUUCAUGAAAAAUUCUAUUUUUGCAAGUGCAUGCCUGCUCGGGCUUCCAUAUGAAGUGUCGCACGAGUGUGAGAGAGAGAGAUAGAGCACGUGCGUGAAACAUAUUUUCCUCGAGAUACAGGAGUCGUCGUAAAGUGAAAGAGCGGGACGGUUGUUUGUACAGUCGUGUUUUUCUGCGACACCUGGUAUACGAUAUACUUACAUCCGCGAGUGUUGUGUGAACGAAAUUUACUCUUGCUACAGGAAAGAGAAAAAGGAAAAAAGAGGAAAAAAUUACGGAAAGAGGCGAAUAAUAUUCUUAGUGCUGCAGUCUACGGUUGAUGGAUGAAACUGGCAGGAUGCUGCAACACGGCGGAUCAGGUGUUGGUUUGAUGGGAGGAAACCAGGGUCAAGGGGCCCAAAAUACUACCGGAUACGGUAGCAUGGGGCCUGUGGAUGGAACUGCGACACAAGGUCCGGAUCAAGCCGUCGAGGCUAGAAAACAGGACAUCAGUGAAAUUCUCCAACAAAUUAUGAACAUCACUGAUCAAAGCUUGGACGAGGCGCAAGCGAGAAAACAUACAUUAAACUGUCACAGAAUGAAGCCAGCCUUGUUUUCGGUUCUGUGUGAAAUCAAAGAGAAAACAGUCCUGUCUUUACGAAAUACUCAGGAAGAGGAACCACCCGAUCCGCAGCUAAUGAGGUUGGACAACAUGUUGAUCGCGGAGGGUGUCGCAGGACCGGAAAAGGGUGGUGGCGCGGGAGCUGCGGCCUCUGCCGCGGCGGCAGCGGCGGCUGGACCACCUGGACAACCCGACAACGCCAUCGAACAUUCGGAUUACAGAGCCAAACUUGCCCAAAUUAGACAGAUUUACCAUCAGGAGCUGGAGAAAUACGAACAGGCGUGUAACGAGUUCACAACCCACGUAAUGAAUCUACUGAGGGAACAAAGUCGUACCAGGCCGAUCACGCCGAAGGAGAUCGAGAGGAUGGUUCAAAUUAUUCACAAGAAGUUCUCCAGCAUCCAAAUGCAGCUUAAACAGUCUACCUGCGAGGCGGUGAUGAUUCUGAGGAGUCGAUUCCUCGACGCAAGGCGCAAGAGACGGAAUUUCAGCAAACAAGCGUCAGAAAUUCUAAACGAAUACUUUUAUUCGCACCUCAGUAAUCCGUAUCCGAGCGAAGAAGCGAAAGAAGAGCUCGCACGAAAGUGUGGAAUCACCGUGAGUCAGGUUUCCAAUUGGUUUGGCAACAAGAGGAUACGCUACAAGAAAAACAUAGGUAAAGCACAGGAGGAGGCGAACUUGUACGCAGCCAAAAAGGCAGCUGCAGCUUUUGCAGGAGCGUCGCCGUACAGUAUGGGUGGUGCCAGUCAAGGCACCCCGACGCCGAUGAUGUCGCCGGCGCCACCCGGUGGGCCACAAGACAUGGCCGGAUACGGGAUGGGCAUAAACGGUAGCGACUACGGCUCGCAGCCGUACAACGACGGCUCCAUGGGUUACGAUCCGAUGCACCAGAUGAAACGAAAUUCAUAGAAGGCGACAGAGAGUGAGAGAGACAUCGAAUCAGACUUCACGCAAAAAGAGUACGCAAUUAGAGAGUGAAAGAAAGAAAAAUUGAGAGAGCAAGUAAGGAGCAUCGCGGAAAGAAAGGAAAAUACGAGAAUCGCGCGACCUGGCUAAAGUAAACGAGAGAUUAAAAGAAAAAGAAAAAAAGCCACACGGCUGGUGCGUGUCCACUGAUCUCAGCCUUAUGUGCUUUCUGUUGUGUUCACAGUGACGCGCCGUGCCAACGAAAAAUCCAAUUGCGAUCGUAAAUUCGUCAUCGAGCUGGACGUGUGCUGGCUUUACGCGAACGCGUGAAUCCGCUUGCGUUUCACGAGAGAUUGGAGGAAUGCGUGAAGUAUGUCUGAGAGAGAUUCGCGAACGAUGUUCGAGAUUAGAAAUCGACGAGCCGUUCAGGAUGUAUCAUCCUUCGUUGCAACAAGCACAGGUCUCUUUCCCUUGAACGGUCGAAACGACGAGUUUCGAAAAGAGACAGACGAAAUUUCGAACAAACUGAUUCGCAUAGAAUCGAGACAUCGACUCGUAGAUAGUGCAAUAUACUCAUAAUUAUUAUAUAAAUACAUUUAUACGCGUUCUUCUUUUUUUUUUCUUUUUUUUUUUUUUUUUCUUCUUUGUCGAUAUUAUUCUUGGCGUUUGAUUUUUCGAGCCUUUCUCACGUAUCGUGUCGUUUUUGUCGUCUCGCUCGAAGCCGGGAACUGACGAUUAACGAAUCAACUGGAAAAUGAGAUAUUUUUAAAGCGGCGCAUUUUUAUCGAACUUUGUUCGUUCGUUGUUCUGCCUGAGACGUUUUCACAGCGACGUUCUCGCCUUCGAGCUCGUUUCUAGAUUUAGACUUUGCCGAAUGUGCAAUAAAACUUCUGUAGCAGGCCUUCUUUGAGCGAGAAAAGCACGAGGUAGCUCGUUUAUAGGUAGGUUACCGAAUUGGUGGCAGCAAGUAGUAAAAAUUAAUCCGAGCCAAUCGUAUCGGUGGAACACGGUCGAUCAAAGAACGAACGUUUCGUCGCGCCUUUUUACUUUUUAUUUCGCUGACAGUUCGCUGUAUUUAACCGAUAACGAUGGUUCCGAGGGGAUUAACGAAUCGAUGUUUGAAACUAGGCAGCUUAUGAUAUGCCAGAAAUACGGGGAAGUAGACUGCAAGCAUAUCGUAAACGCGUAUUGUCACGUUACUUUCGAAACGAAUCGUCCCCUAGCAGUUUUUCGUACGCGAUCACAACCACGCCUGGUUUUCACGCGCAUAAUAGCACGAGAUCAGGCGAACGAGUACGAUCUCUGUCCGUGCUACAGCUACUUAUAGACUAUCUGUGCUGUGCAGAUACAUCCUCGAAGAACGCACCAUGCGGUUUCUUGUCGCUCUCGUAUGGCUUUCGAUACUUAAUCUUACAAUUAGAAUAUCUUCUACAGAGUUUCGCAUCGCACUGCAAUGUAUUCGUUACAUAUACACGUACACGUUUAAGAAUACACGACACACAUACGCUGACUUACAAAGUGAUGUACAAAGAAUUACGCAGAUCAGAGAAUUCUUUAAGGAUGGAUAAUUCGUCGAGAGACAUCUUCGUGGCAUGCAUGGCUGCAUGUAGAAUUACAGUUUAUACGUUUAUACUGGUCUUACACAGUAGUACGUGUGUGCGUUUAUCAUUACUUCUACAUAUUCUAUUAUUAUUUUUUUGUUGUUGUUUUUUCUUCUUUUUUUUUUUUUUUUUGUUUUUGCGGGACGAUUGGCUGGGGUUUUCUGGGUGAAUAGAUAAAAGGCGAAAGGAGAUGAGAGAGCGUGAAAGAGGGCGGAUGUCAAAGAUUUCAUAUUUAGUUCAUUUGCAGAGUUAUACAUUUUUCGCGUAGAUAGUAGAAUAGGCGCCGGUUUGUUGCAUUGGCAAAUUAGAGUGAAAGGAUUUCCUAGUUUUGCUGUUUGUUCCUUUGUUCGCAAUCAUCAUCUCGAUCAUUAGAAUCUUUCGUGUUAUGUAGCAAAUCCUUUCGUGCUCGUAACGGGAGUCGAACGUAUUCUUUUUAUGAAAAUAAAUAAAUAAAUAAAUAAAUAAAUAAAUAAACAGAUAGAAAAGGAAAGCAAAGAGAAAAGACAGUUGUUUAAAAAAUAAAAAAAAAAAAGAAAAGAAAGAAAAGGAAAAAAGAAAGACGUUGCGAAGCAAGAAGAUAAAUCGAUAUCCUGAUACGAGCAGCCAAUUCAAAUAGCCCGCGCUUUCGUAAAAUUCCAUAUAAUUUGUAUAUCAUGGUUAUUCGAGAAACGUCUCUCUGUGCUGACAAAAAAAUGCGUAAAGUUGUGAAACGAAGGCGAUGCUUAGUGACCAAUGACACGCAAUUUUGUCGCCACCUGCAGGGGAUAAAGACAGAGAGCUAAAAAUCAAUUGAAAAAAAAAAAAUCGAAAAAAAAUGACGCAGGGAAAGACACUGGCCGGAGGGCCGGGGGCAGCUGGAUGGAUGCAACAACGCGAGGCGGUACCGGAAUUUCCGCCACUCCACGAUUCAGCGGACUCUGAUUCCGACCGAGAAAAUGAAAAACGACCGCGCGUCUAAAAUUACUUUUGGGAUGAGCGACCUAGCAUGGUAACGAAACUAAUAAAACAAAAUACAUGCAAAAAAACGCAGCAACAAAAUUGAGAGAGAGAAAAAAGAGAAAAAAGCAUAGAGUAGAGUGUAUGUCAGAGAAAGAGGGGAAAAAAAAAAGAGCAGACGUACCGCUACCGGACAACCAGGAACCACGUCGUCACCCACUACCGACACGCACACGCUCUCGUCGGCACACAGCCACAUACACCAUCAUACGUAUACACAUUUGCGAUAACGCGCACCUCCGAGCCACACACAAGGAAAUAAUGUUCGUUGGUGUUCCUACGAUUAAUAAUAACAUUAGUUUCCGGUUUUGAAACAUUUUUCUCUUUUUCCGUCAAGAGAGAAGGUCAAACGCACCGAAGGAUACGACGAUAUUAAUUAGUCUAUCGCGAAUCAAUCCGUAGUACACUUUUAGCAAUUUCUCGAGAUAAAUACGACCAUGGGAGAAUGUUAGUUAUUCGAUGAUUCGCGCAUCGAACAGGAACAAUUUCAUACGCGCGUUCGCAACUUCUUUGCUUCUGCCCUUCGAUCUUGAUACCUUAAUCUUGCCUUAUCGAGUGACUGUGCACGGGCAUCCACGUCACCUAUUUACAGAGGAUUUAAAGAGCGAAACGUGUAAGAGGAAUUAAAAAAGAAAAGGCGGGUAGAAAGAAAGAGAGCGAGAGAGAGCGAGAGAGAGAGAGAGAGAGAGAGAGAGAGCGAGAACGAGAAAGAGUGCGAGAGUAUGAGAGAGUGGAAAGGACGGCGAACGAUAAGAAUCCGUAGGGCAAUGUGCUCUUAAGAAACGUAGGUUCGCUUCUAUUAAGACAAUACGGUAUCGUACAGGCGCCUAGCUAAGGAGAGAGAGGGAGAGAGCGUAUACAAUCAAUCAAUUGUUUUAUUUUUUACGUAUGCUGUAUACACGCAUACGCAGAUGGACGUAGCUUGUACAGAUAUUUUUAUUCUUAUGAUAUAGUCCCUAUCCCGAUACCCUACGAUCGAUCGGACGAUUUGAUUUUAAAUAUUUAACUCUGCCUUUGUAAUCAUUUUUACCCCCAUUAUAAUACGUAGCGUAAUUUUUUGCUGGGUAAGGUUUUAAGGGAAUAAUAUUUUGGACGUAUAUAAAGAUAUAUCUUUUUCUUUUUUUCCUUCAUUUCUUGACGGGACAGACAUUUUUUAUAGAAAUUUGUCAUCUGUCUGUGAAGCAGCUUCCAGCUAGAUUUUUUAUGCAAUUCAUCCUUUUAAAUCUAAUCCCAGCAGUAUCCCGAGUAUCCUGUAAUGCUAGCGAAUGUUUCUUAAGUUCGAUUAUGGUUUAAGUUCCGAGUCUUAAGUUUAGCUUCGAAUUAUACUUUUAUAGCGAUACGUUGACGAUGUUUGCGUGCUGAUUUGUUCAAUUUCGUUCGAAUGCGAGGACACCAUUUGCUGUUUCUAUCCCAAGAAACAGAUCACGAUAAUUGUAAUAAUUUUCCAGCACUAUUUUAUUUAUUUACUGAAAUUUGAGUACGCGCAUGUGUUUCACAGGUAUAUAAGAAGACGAUUUGUCGGUGUCCUCGCUGUACAAAGCUUAGUAUCGUAAACUUUGUUACAUUGAAAAAUUGUGUGCAUGAUUGUACCUAGGAGCGAGCCGAAAAACUCGAUCCGUUUUCUACAUUUCUUUUUUUCUUUUUUUUUUUUUUUUUUCUCUCUGUAAAACAACGAUUCAGCACGAGAUCUUAUUAAAAUUUGUUUCCUUUAUCUCUUUUGUUCUGUUUCGUUGAUUUCAACAGCCGACACACGUACAGAGACACAGGUGUCGAAUCCAGAAUUCGAACUGCGCCAUUUGAUUGGUAGUCGCGAAGCGCCAAACUUUCGGCCACCCUUCUCGACCAAACUUUGUUCAUUCGGCUUCGAUUACGCAACUUUUUGCAAAUCAAAGUAUAUUUUCUAGCGAAGUAAAACGUCACCGUUUACAUGGUUGCUAAUCGGCUAAUCGGUGAAUCCGUCGGAGCGUAGAGAAACGAAUCGAAGUCGGAUUUUUAUUGGUACUACUGCGCUUCAUCCGGUCGAACGGAAAUAUAGGUUUUGAAAACGGCGCGAGAAAACGCGAUUCAACUGGAUUCGACAUUUAAAAUAUACGAUUGCGCCUGUCUAUCCUUAGUUGGUCGUACGUACGUAGGUACAUGUGUAUUGUGUAUACGUAUACAUGUGUAUAAAAAUAUAUAUUCUAUACUUUCGUAUCUGUAUAACUCCGUAUGUCAUCAUUACGAUGGUAAAUUCCUACGAUGAACUGGAUAGAAACGUAAAGAUUGCGUUCCGACCAAGUUUUCCUUCGACCGUAUACGUGCAUGAAUCUGAAUAGUCGCCGGAAAAAGAUAUUUCGGAUAAAUUAUAGUUAGUGCAAUAACGUUACAAAUCAUCUUCGUCGCUUUAUUUCUUCGAUUCUUUCAAAAAGUGGACACGAUCGGAUAUUUCUUGACACUCGAGUCAACUUAGUGAUUAGAAAAACGAAUCGCGAGGAAUUGUUAAUAGUGCUUUUUCACGCGACUGUGUGAUCACGCUCGCGUACACGGCCGGUACUGUUUGCUUUCAGGAGCUGUCGCCUUGAAAUACUUAGAGGAAUCGCAAGAAGAUGCGCGAAACAGACAAUUACGAGAAUGAAAUUAAGAUGUAGAAACGCAUAUGUAUAAGAUGUAUCGUGAAAAUGCUCGCGCAAUCCGAUCACCUCACUAUCUGUGAUCCGAGGCUCGUCGUUAACACGGCGAGUAAUACGAACUAAAAAUCGAUAUUAAGCUAUUAAUGUUAUGUAAUACAGAUUCUCUAAGCGAGAAGCGUUCACGUUCCUAAGCGACGCGCAAAAAGAAAGUCGCACCAGAAUUCGACGAACGAACGAUACGUUGUCGAGCUUUGGUUUACGAUCGAAUGCUAACGAACAACACACCACCGCGAUACGACAAGUUCACCUAACAUUCGCAAUAUACGUCAUAGGAUUAAGCAAAAGGGUUGGUUGUUUGUGCUUGGGAAAGAAAGAAGCGGCCAGAAACGGCGGCACAUACCCGUUCCUAGUCGGUUUAUUGUCCUUUACCCUUCUCACUUCUUCGACUUGUAUGACAACUGCUUCUUCCUCCUCUUUUUCUUCCACUCCAUCGUUUCCUCUUUUUGUUCCAUGCUGUUUUGCGAAGAUCAAGCGUGAACGCUUCUAUGCAUCGACGCCACCUUUCUCCCUCUCAGCGAGACUCAUCGAGUGAAGAUGGUCGAAAUGAAAAGACAGUGAACGGAAAAAGGAAUGAACAUAUAGAAACGUGAUGAGCCAGCAGAUAAAAAAGUACGUUCGGGAAACAGAAUAGAAACGAAGCAAUGGUCCCGCGACACAACACUAAUGUAUACGAUUUUUCAACAUGAAAAUAUUAUAUAUUGUAGCUAUACAUAUAGAGGUAUAUAAAAGAGAAUAGUCCAUAGGCAAAAAUGUAAUAGCUAAGUACAUCAUUGUAACGACGAUGCUAAUUAGUAAAACGAGAUUUAUUUUAUUAUUAUCA